UUGUCAUGCAUUGUCGUCGCGUGCACUGGACGUCAUCGCUCACUCACAUCAGCGCAGCCGUUAGAUUUAAAUUCAUGGGCAUUUUAACUACAUCAUUCUCACCGUACCCGUUAUUGUUCUAUUGACAGCAUUCUGCCGGUGAACGUAACAUGAUGGUAAAUGCGUGGCUGUUUUGAAAGGAGUCGUCGCAGCAAGUUGAUCGCAAAGGACUUGGGGAUUUGUAGUUUAAUAGAGCCGGUCGACCGUGACAGACGUCGGCGCAACCGAGCAGAGGAACGCCAUCUCCCAGCAGCCAGUGCUCGCCGAGCGUUGCUGCGGCUAUCGCCGAGUCAAUCAGUAUGUUGGUGAAAGGCAUGAAUGUCACUGGCAUAUUCUAACAUAUCGCAGUAGUAUGCGCGGAAGUAGCGUCUAGAAGUGAUGUUUGGCCGUUCGAGGAGCUGGGUCGGUGGGAGCUCGGGGAAGUCCCCCAGAACCAUUCAUUCCUUGGAACAUCUGAAGUACAUGUACCAUGUCUUAACAAAGAACACGACUGUAACAGAGAGUAAUCGCAAUCUGCUGGUGGAAACAAUUCGAUCUAUUACAGAAAUCCUCAUCUGGGGAGAUCAAAAUGACAGCUCUGUCUUUGACUUUUUCUUGGAGAAAAACAUGUUUGUUUUCUUCUUAAAUAUCCUGCGCCAGAAAUCCGGCCGCUUUGUGUGUGUACAGCUACUUCAGACGAUCAAUAUCCUGUUUGAAAAUAUUAGCCACGAAACCUCACUGUAUUACCUGCUAUCUAAUAAUCACGUAAAUUCUAUUAUUGUGCACAAGUUUGACUUCUCUGAUGAGGAAAUCAUGGCAUAUUAUAUUUCUUUUUUGAAAACCCUUUCUCUUAAACUCAACAAUCAUACUGUGCACUUUUUUUACAAUGAGCACACUAAUGACUUUGCCCUGUACACGGAGGCAAUUAAAUUUUUCAACCACCCAGAGAGCAUGGUCAGAAUUGCUGUCAGAACAAUCACCCUUAAUGUGUAUAAAGUGUCAUUGGAUAACCAGCUUAUGUUGCACUACAUCAGGGACAAAACAGCAGUUCCCUAUUUCUCCAAUUUGGUUUGGUUUAUUGGAAGCCAUGUGAUUGAAUUGGACAACUGUGUGCAAACAGAUGAAGAGCAUAGGAAUAGAGGCAAACUGAGUGACCUGGUCGCUGAACAUUUAGACCACCUGCAUUACCUGAAUGAUAUCCUGACCAUUAAUUGUGAAUUCCUGAAUGAUGUGCUAACAGACCAUCUACUAAACAGACUUUUUCUGCCAUUAUACGUCUACUCUCUGGUGACUCAUGAACAGUGUGGUGAUCGUCCAAAGAUCAGCCGUCAAGCUUCAUUAUAUCUCCUUUCACAGGUGUUUUUAAUUAUACACUUUAGGCCAUUGGUGAAUUCUUUGGCUGAAGUUAUCUUGAAUGGGGACCUUUCAAUGUUUGGCUUUCAUUCAGAGCAGGAAGCUUUGAAACACUCAAUGUCCGCAAGUAUUCGAUGUUUCACCAAACCUGUGGAAACGUUGGAAAGAUCUCUUGAGAUUAGUCGACACAAGGGGAGAAAGAGAGUGCAGAAAAGGCCAAACUAUAAAAAUGUGGGCGAAGAAGACGAAGAGGAGAAGGGGAUAGACGACAAGGAAGAUGACACUGAAAGGCUGAAAGAAAUUGAAAUGGUUAUUAUGGAGCGAUGCAAGAUAUCGGGCUCCCAGAUUUCAGGCUUGAUGGAACAGAAUACCACAGAUGAGGAGAAAACUGCUGCUGCUACAAGGACUAACAAUCCAAGAAGAAGACCCUUCCUAGAUCUGGUGUAUAAAGCACUGGAGUGCUUUGAGGAAGAUUAUUAUGCACUAUUUGUGCUAUGUCUUCUCUUUGCAAUAUCUCACAACACAGGUGUAGACUCAGACCUGUUGGAAAAGAUUCAAAUUCCUCCAGAGAAUGCCAAGGAGAAGAGCUCAUAUAGCCAUGUACUGGCAGAAAGACUCAUUAAGAUAAUGAACCAAUCAACACGUUCUGAUGCAAAAAUUCGCUUGGCGACGUUGGAACUUGCUUGUCUCCUACUAAGACAGCUUGUGCUUUCAGAUGGUACCUGCAUUAUUAAAGAUGUGCAUCUUGCCUGUCAUGAGGGUGCAAGGGAAGAAAGUGUUCACUUGUUGCGACGUUUCUACAAGGGAGAAGACAUUUUUCUUGAUAUGUUUGAGGAUGAAUAUAGAGUCAUGAUGAGUAAACCCCUGAAUGUUGAGUAUUUGAUGAUGGAUGCAUCUAUCCUGUUGCCUCCCACUGGAACCCCACUAACUGGUAUAGACUUUGUGAAGAGGUUGCCGUGUGGUGAUGUGGAGAGAACGAGACGGGCUAUUCGAGUUUUCUUAAUGCUUCGUUCUUUAUCCCUACAACUCCAAGGUGAGCCAGAGACACAACUGCCUCUGACACGGGAGGAGGAUCUGAUUAAAACAGAUGACGUGUUAGAUCUAAAUAACAGUGAUCUAAUUGCUUGCACUGUUGUUUCGAAAGACAUCGGUCAAGUACAUCGGUUCUUGGCUGUAGAUGUUUAUCAAAUGAGCCUGGUGGAGCCUGAAAACAAACGGCUUGGAUGGGGAGUGGUAAAAUUUGCAGGUUUGCUUCAGGAUAUGCAGGUGAUGGGAGUUGAAGAUGACAGCAGAGCUUUAAACAUAAUCAUCCAUAAGCCUGCAUCCAACCCUCAUGCAAGACCCUUCCCAAUUCUCCAGGCAACGUUUAUCUUUGCUGAUCAUAUCCGCUGUAUCAUCGCAAAGCAGCGAUUAGCAAAGGGGCGCAUUCAAGCGCGACGUAUGAAGAUGCAACGAAUAGCAGUACUAUUGGAUCUUCCUGUGCAAACAUCCUCAGAAGUUAUGGGUUUUGGACAUGGCUCACCUUCUUCAGCCCAUCAUCUUCCUUUUAGGUUCUAUGACCAGUCUCGCCAAGGUGUCAGUGAUCCUACAGUUCAACGCUCAGUUUUUGCAUCGGUUGAUAAGGUUCCAGGGUUUGCAGUGGCACAGCACAUAAACCAGCAGAGUCCCUCUCCAGCUUCAUCCCCUUCCCCACCCUCUAGUGGCACCAUAACAACAAGCACUGGCUACAGCGAUACCAUCACCACCAGUGUAGCUUCCACUCCCUCAGCAACUCAGAGCCCCACAGAUGGACCUGAACUUCAAGAGCAGUCCCAUUUGACUUUUCCUGACCAGGUGGAAUUUGUCAAUGAAGCCCAUUUUUCACCUCCUACAGCAGAGGGUGGCUCGAGUUGUUACCAUCUGCCCAGCAGUACUGAGCCAGAAGCUGCUAAUCUGGCACCAAGUCUGACUCCAGCCCAUCAGCCAACUAUAUCGCUUAUUUCUGAUGACAACACAGAUGCAUUGAGCGUGGAGUCACUAACACUGCUGCCACCAGCUGAUGCACAGCAUAUCCGGAGUGUGAGCACUUUAAGCCAGACAUCCGCAUUAUCCGAGUCGAAUGGGAUGAUAGAAAAUGAGGACAAUAAUCGGCAAUCUGAAGUAUCCGAGUCAAUGCAUGGAAGGCACCAUAACGUUUGAAACAUCUGGGUUUGUGCGGUGAAACAGGUCUGAACAGCAAGGAAAUUAAACUUUUAGUCCAAACACAGAUGAAAAAGAAAAGCCUGUUACUCUGUGAAGCCCACAAAUUGCUUGUAAGUUCCUCUGGAUUCUGGAAGUGGGGAACCUUGCACAUAAGUUAGUCUACAGUUCCAGCUUUCCAGCUGAAGAACAUACUUUUAUGUACAGCUUUUCAUACUAAUCCCAUGCAUCAGUCCAGCUUGUCACUGACUAGGACUGAGUAGGUCAGACCUUGGUUUUAUCUGCCCUUUUCAAGGGAUUUCAGCAAAAUAUGUACAGCAGAGGUGUGUCAGUUUUUCAGCCAUGUAUGUUAUAUUACUGACUACACCCAACUGAAUUCAUUUGAUGGAACAAGUUGCAAAUUUAACUUUAUUUUAUAAAUUACCCCAAUAUAAAAUACAAAAUUUGCAAAUUAUGAAAGGAACAUUAAAUAAAACCACAAACAUCCAGCACCAAUCUAAAAUUAGAUGCACCAAAUAGAUCUGCUCUGCACAUUGUUAUUAAUUCAAACAGAUCUCAAACAGAUUUUAUAAAUUGCAUUUACAUAUUUGCAGCGCUUUCAUUUUUUUUUUUUUUUUUUUUUUUUUUUGCUGUGUUAAAAACCUGUAAACAAAUUUUAUUAAAUAUAAAUGACUUCCACAAGAUGAUACGGAACGGGAAUCCAGUUUUAAUAUUUGGCUCAAGUGCUGGCUACCUUGGAAGUUCUCGAUUUAAUGAAUUUGCUGGUUAUUUAUUCCAUUAAUUUAUGAAUCUGCUCUGACAGCUACAUAAUAUGUACAUUUUGGAAAUUGCAUAAGGAAGCCAAUUCAAACCAGCACUAUAUAUUCUGCACGCAAGUAUUUUAACGCAUGAUAGAUGAAAUGGGCAUAGGAAUAGCACCGAGGGAAAGACAGGCAUCUCAGAGAAGGAAAAUGAGAGGGUGUCUGCCUUCUGUUGUGUACUUGGUUUGGUCACGCAUUUUACAUUUAUUUUUCAAUUUAUGAGGGCCUCUUAACCAUGGAUGGGGUGAGAGAUAGAAUAAAUUGGGAAAUGUUUAUUGAUUAAAUCAAAGCCAUCCACAUCACUAAUGGCAGCACAUGGAAAGUAAUAGUUUGUAAAUAUAGUGUGUUUUUCCAGACAUCCUCAGAAACUUGGACUUUUGAAUUAAUUUAUAAAAUGUAUUAUUAACCUGCCUACACUUAGCUUCUCACUAAUCCUUUUGGUUGGCAAAUGCACACAGUUUAUUCCUCCCAUUGACAACCAAUUGGCUUCUGCACAGUUUCUUCAGUAACAUCUGCUCCAUUUGUAUUUCAAUAUAGAUCUGGAGGAGAAGUAAAGUCACAUUAUCAGAACUUUAAAAAGUUGACUAUAAAUUAGUGGUUUCUUUGUCUGUUGGGUCUGACUUUGUUACAUUACUUACCAUUUUGAUAUGACAAAACCAAAGUAAAAAACAGUAUGUCUAAAGCACUUCUCACUUACAGUAGGUGGAACAAAAUAGGCAAACUGGAAAAGCAAUUAUUUUCAAAUAAAAUGUAAAUACAAAAUUGACCUGUCCACAAAAUGAAUUGGUGGGCCUGAUGUUGGAUCUGAAGUCAGGCAAUAUAUCCAAUUAAAGUUAGUAAAGAAGCAGCUACAUUGUAUGCAUUCAGAAAUGAAUUAUUAAUUGUAAUAUUUUGACUUCAGUGUCUGGCUGUGUUUCAGUAAUCUGAUAUAUAGUAUAAAAGCUGAAUGAUUCAGUACUGAUCUUUAAUACCAGCUUCCUCACUCUGUGGAGACACUGAUAUUUAUUGUAAUAGACUUGUACAUCUCUUGCUGCUCACACUAGAUGGGUUUGACAUCAUAAGAUGAGCUAACUAUGCUUGUAUUUUUAAAUGUUGUUCUUUGAAACAUACCACAGUUUGGCUCCUGCUGAAUCCACUAUAAUAUGAUCCAUGAAUACUUAUGAUUAAAUCCUUCACUUUAAUACUGUAACUGAGUAUCGAAUGCUGUGAAAGCUAACCUGAUGGUUUUUCUAUUCAAUAUCUUUGUGACUGGUAUCUGGCUGAUCUCAUGUGGAAAUGGAUGUCACAGGUGCAGUCAAUUGGACUAAUCUCCUUACAACUGUCGUUCUCCAAAGUAUUAACAUAUAGAUAAAGAUUACACAGUUAAUAAUUAUUUCAUCGGGUAGAUCAAUUGAUUUUGUCAUGAUAUUGAGUCUACGGGCCAUCUGAAAUGAGCACCAUGACACAAUGUCCUUGCAUAAUUUCACUCCAAGGUCAUGACAUUAAUCCACAAUUUAAAAUGUUAUCCUUAUGCACAAUAUAAAUAGUGAUGUACUUUUGCUUCCGUUUAGUACAUUAGACCAUCAAAACAGUAAUUGGCGUGAGCAGUGAAUAUCUACCUAAUGUUUCAUCAAAAACGAAAUAGAACAAGUUAAAGGAAUCGGCUCCUAUUCAAUAUCAUCUGCAAACAUUACAAUACAUUCACGUUCAUUCCACAAUUUCAUACAUGCUGGACAGCCAAGUUGGAACUAUAUCAAUUUCAUCAGAAACUAACACAUACAUUGACAAACUUUCAUUUCAUUGUAAAAUACAUCAUAUAAAGAAUUUAUAGAAGAUGUUGCAAUGUUCUUAAGGAAGGCAGAUAACAGAGACCAAGGUCUAUCUAAAUAUUCAACCAAGAAAUAAAAUCGUAUAGUUCUCUUAGCAAACAACAGGGAUCAAAUAUAAGUUAAACGACAAGUACAGUAAAUUAACUUUUCUUUUUAAGUUGCUUCCCAUCAAAGCUGUUGACUUGUUAACAAUAAUUCCAAGUGUCCGUUACAUUUGGUUCUCGCGAUCCCUGCCUGCACCUGGAAUAACAAUUACUUCUACCAAUAAUGUUUUUAGCAGCAGGUUACAAGGAUAUUGCAUGUAAUUUAAAAGCACUGAUGUGAAUAUUAAUUUCUAACUUGCUGGUAACCAGUGGAAGAGGAAGACCUAAAUUUGUUGAGGGGGGGAAUCAAUUUAAAAUAAAGUAGUUUUGGAGAAUGCUAUGCAGGUAAAUAUUCAGUACAAAAGUAAUGUGCUGUUUAAUAUUUCAGUUCUCGUGGGGAUUUGGCAUGGUGGCAUGCAGCACAUUCAUUUUGUAGAACAAGCCAGUCUCGAUUUCAGCUGCUCAUCAAGUAGCUUGUCCAUUGACAUUAGGUAAUUCAUAGCAUUGUGCAGAUUGAACCAAUCAUAUAAAUUCAUAUUCACAGAAACCCCAGCUGGCUAUGUGAAAUGUGACAUGUUUCUACUGGUCAAAAAAGUGCAUUGUCCUGCUGGUAGAAUACUGAUGAACACAAUCACUUUCAGAGAUUGACAUGUGUCAUGUUCAUUCAUGCAGGUCCCCCCCCCCCCCCCCCCCCCCCCCCCCCCCCCAACCUCCGUGUGCUUGCAAAAACUUGGUGUGUCCUGAAGUUGCAACAUUUGUGUUCCUUUGCUGCUUUGACUUGUGCUGUUUAACAAACGGUGCAGAAGCAGUGAACAAUGUACGGUGUUUCCAUCGCAAAGGCAGUAUUAGUACAGUAUAUGGACUUGGUGUACUGAACAUAUUUUCUCAGCUCAGAGAGUUUUGUAUAGAUUAAAAAGAUCAUUGUAAAUGAAAAUGAAACAUUGUGUGUCAAUUGUGUAAAAAUGAAACUUUCUGUAUUUAAGAUUAAGCAAUACUAAGAUUAUCUACAUGAAUGCUUUCUCAAUCCCUAAAUUAGUGAACACCACAUUAGGGAUAUGUAAACUAAACUGUAAAUCAUGUGUAUAUUGGGAAAUGUGGGUUAUGUUUUAACUAGGAAAAUUGCUUUGUUUGCAAAUGUGGAGACUUGCUUUCCAUAUGAAGGUUCCUUUCAGACAUGCUUUUGUUUGCACCAUGAGCUCAGGUAGCACAGUUAAAAGUUAUGUAACCUGGGUAUUUCACAAUGCUCCAAGGGACAGAACAGGAAAGUGCACAAUGUAACCUGUUUGUCAUCUCCACAAUGGCAAUAAAUAUAAGGUUUGUUUUGCAUUUCAAAUGUGUUUAAUCUUUACUCCACAUUGGGGGAGCUAACUCAUGAAACAUUAAGAACGCUAAGCCUCCUGUCUGGUCCAGUGACAGGUAAUGGGUGUGAAGGGACUCUCUUUAAUUCACCAAAAUGCCUGUUGGUUUGAGGCAAUUUAGUUUCUGAAGUCCAUCCUUAAACUUACAAUGUGAGUUGAUGAGUUUGAUAAAUCAUAACCAAUUGGCAAGUAAACUUAACAUCAGUUCACAAUAUUAAUUUGCCUUAAUAACGAUAAGCAACACCUGCAACGAAAACCGCAUCAAACAUAAGCUUUAACCUAAAUAUUAUCAACAAGAAGCAGCUAAUUAGUUAGGGUUGUUAAAAAGAGAUUCCAGUAAAAUUAGUGGAAAUAUUUUUGCCACCUAAUUUCACUGUUGUCUUCCCUACUCACGAAAUGGGAUAUCAGUUUGUGACGUGAAUUUAAAACAUGACUAACUUGCAUAAACAUAUGUAUAACACACUAUAGUGCUUUCUGUGU